AUGAGUUCUGGGACCGAAAAACUAGAUAUUAGCUCGAGCAGUGGCAGCAGCGCGUCAUCGCGCUCGGAGCAUCGUGACCCGGCGCACCCUGCACAAACGGGGUCUCAAGACCAAGCCCAAAAACCACUGGCAAUCGAUGAGAAGACAGACGGAGCUGACGGUGGCGUGGCCGCCGCCAGUGGCUUCCACGACACCAGCAGCGUCGACAACAUGAGCUACCGGGGCGAGCGGGCAGACUACGCAGACCAAGCCGAGGACGACCGCGAACUGGACCUCGAGCUCGCACGCACAGCAACCAGCGCAGCGUCCGAGACCCAGGCUCGUCUCAACCGCCAGCUCAGUAAGAUCUUGACCGGAUCCGAGCACGAGCCCGACAAACUGCAUGUGGACUACACAGGUUGUCCUCCCAUGGGCGGGGGAAGACCCUACCCUCCGGCGCUGCCCGACAGGGAGCCGUACGAGGUGACAUUCGACGGUCCCGAUGACCCUACGCAUCCUUACAACUGGCCUGUGCGCAAGAAGGUGCUACUGAGUGUGAUUCUAGGGCUCAACUCGAUCGGUGUGGCCAUGGGCUCAUCAAUCUUUGCGUCAGCUGUGGAGCAGGUCUCGCACGAUUACCAUGUUGCGAUCGUGGUGGCCGUACUAGGUGUGACGCUAUUCGUGUUCGGUUUUGCUGCGUCGCCCGUCAUCUACGCGCCGCUCUCCGAGCUUUAUGGUCGUCAAGGUAUGCUGAUCGUGUCGUCAUUUGGCUUCACUCUAUUCCAGUUCGCCGUGGCCACUGCCAAGGACUUGCAAACCAUUCUGAUAUGUCGUUUUUUCGGUGGAUUUAUUGGUGCAGCCCCGCUUGCCAUUGUCCCCGCAGCCUUUUUUGACAUGUUCGACAACGAGAGCCGUGGUACCGCUGUGACAAUCUUCGCACUAGGUGUGUUUGUAGGUCCUAUCAUGGCGCCUGUUUUCGGCUCCUAUAUCGUGCAGUACACCACAUGGCGUUGGACCGAGUACGUCACGGGUAUAUACGCCGGUUGCAUCACUCUUCUCAUCACGUAUUUCUACGAAGAGACCCACCACCCCACAAUUUUGGUGAGAAAGGCUCGCAAGAUGCGUCAAAUGAGUGGCAACUGGGGUAUCCACGCCGCGCACGAAGAUGCCCAGCUAUCGAUCAAGGAAAUUGCUGAAAAGACCGUCACUAGACCUAUCCGCAUGUUGUUCACUGAACCUAUUCUAUUCUGCAUUACCUUGUACCAUUCCUUCGUUUAUGGUAUCCUGUACUUGUUGCUGGAGGCUUACCCUAUUGUGUUCCAGGAGGGGUACGGCUACCUCAAAAACGGUGAGCUGCCAUAUAUUGCGUUGAUCAUUGGUAUGUUGGUCAAUGCUGGUUACAACGUGUACACCGAAAAGGACUACAUCCGCGCAGUAAGGGCCAACGGGGGCAAACCCCUACCAGAGGCCAGAUUGAAACCCAUGAUUAUUGCUGGUAUUGUAUUCCCUAUCGGUAUCUUGUGGUUCUGUUGGACUGGUAACUACCCUAAAAAGGUACACUUCAUGGUGCCAACUGUUGCCGGUUCUUUCAUCGGAUUUGGGCUGAUCGGCAUCUUUUUGCCAUGUUUCAACUACAUCAUCGACAGUUAUUUGAUACUGUCCGCUUCGGCCAUUGCAGGAAACACAUUUAUGCGUUCUGCAUUUGGUGCUUCGUUUCCUCUUUUCGCAGGCUUCAUGUUCCACAACAUGGGUGUUAACUGGGCUGGUCUAUUGCUAGGUCUGUUCGCGUUAGCAUUGGUCCCUGUUCCACUGCUGCUUUUGAAAUACGGUCGCUAUCUCAGGGGAAAGUCAAAGUAUGCAUUUGUUCUGUGA